AUGCCGAGAGCGCUGGGGGAUGUCUGGGCAGCCCUCACCUGCCUCCAGCUCCUGCUGCUCCUCACCGCCGUGGAUUCCCGGCCCCUCACGUGGGACCAGGACAGGCUCCAGCUGGAAGCCGUCAAAAAGGGGAUCCUGGAGAGGCUGGGAAUGCCGGCUCCCCCCGUCAUCCGGCACCAACUGGACCAGGAGAGCAUCCGGAGAGCGCAGCAGCUCUACCAGCAGAAAGUGGCGGAGCUGGCAGGGAACAGGAGCCGGGAAGAUGGUGAUGAGGAGGAAUCCGUGUCCAGGACCCGGCGUUUGCACCGCCUGACCCCCAUCUUGCUGCGCUGGCCGGACAUCCCGCAGGGACACGGGGACUCCCAGGGACACCGGGACCCACAGGGACACCAGGACGCCCGUGGUCCCUACCGCUACCACCUCCUGCUCUCCCGCACCGAGGAAUUCCAGCGGCAGCUCCGGGUGGUUCAGGCGGAGUUGAAACUCUUCAAGCGGUCCCUGGAAGUGCCCCCCCGGGUCACCAUCUACGCUCUGCAGGGGGAUGAAGAGACCCCCCAGCUCCUGCAGAGCCAAGAGCUGGACCCCGAUUCCCAGAGCCUGGAUGUGACAGCAGCCAUCCAGCCCUGGGCAGAGGGUCCCGAGGCCACCCUGAGCCUGGAGCUGGACUUUACAACAAACGUCUCGGCUGCCCUGGCCACCUCGGAGGGGGGAACGCUGGUGCUGGAGGUGGAAACCCAGGAGAACUCGGCUCGGGGGGCCAGGAGAGCCCGGGGGCUGGAGGAGGAGUGCGGGAAGAGCGACGGGAAGUGCUGCCUGAAGUCGCUGAAGGUUUCCUUCCAGGACAUCGGCUGGUCCGACUGGGUCAUCGCCCCCCACAGCUACUACAUGAGGUUCUGCGAGGGCUCCUGCCCCCACAACUACAAACCGGCCAACAUGCACGCCCAGAUCAAAUCCCGGGUGCACUCCCUGUCCAAGGCCGCCCCCUCGCCCUGCUGUGUCCCUGCUGGCUACGACCCCAUGGUGCUGAUGCACUACGACGGCGAGGGCAGGCUGGUCUCCAGCGUCUUCGAGGACAUGCUGGUCACCGGCUGCCACUGCGCCUGACGGCAUCGCCGGUGGCUCCAACCGGGGUGUGUCACUGCCCGGGUGAGGCCUCCUGGCAGCUCCA